UUAAAUAAAAUAAUCUUUGCAGUACCUCUAAAAAUGAAUCCAUUCUCUGUAUCUGGUCUCUGAAAUAUGCUUUACACAGUAUAAAUACAGUAUUUUAAAAUGAUUAUUUCAAGACUUAGGAUCUUUCGCGAGCACGAGGGAGAAAAGAAUUUUGAAACCGACGCGCGCUAUUCUUAUUAGCAUUGUCACGUGAUCGUCAAAGAAGCACAUGAUUGGAUGACCAAUAUCUUGCAAUGAUGACGUGGCAAGAAAAAUGCAGAAGUUUGAGAAUAUAGAAGGAAAAUUUGGGUGGAAACACUGUUUAUGAAGUUUAUGAAGAAACAUGAUCACCUACGUAGAAGCCAUUCAAAUGACCCAAGUUUCCAUGUGGUUUGUGGUCUCGAUGGUUGUCCCAGAACAUACAAACGGGUUGAAUCUUUUCGAAAUCAUUUAAUUCGAAAACACAACAUUUAUGGAAAGGAAAAUGAGCCAAUUAUGAACAAUAACGAUGUUCCUAGGGAUGUGAAUAUGGAUGUUGACGAUGAAAAUAAUCCAGCCAUACAAGCUGAACCUGCACAUGUACUUGCUGAAAAUAUGCUACGAGAUAAUGCUCUCUGCCUUUUUGGUUUCAAGGAUAAGGGUCGUGUGACUCAAACUGUAGUGAAUCUUUUUGCCGAGAGCAGUACGCAGAUGGUAAGGAACAGUCUAAACAUUGCUAUGUCAGAGAUCAAGGAAAGACUUGCCGCUGUUGGGCAAGCAAUUGAAGACAUUCCAGGGUUGCAACAAAUCUUUGAUCAGGACAGUUCUGCUAUGAAUCCCUUACGUGGUAUCGAAACCGAACAAAAGCAACAUCAAUACAACCUCAACCAUUUUAAUCUUGUGGAACCCAGAAAGAUAGUGCUUCAUAGAUCCCAUGUGAAAGUCAGAAGAGGACGACAACUUAAAGUAGUUGAGAAAACAGACGAUGCAUUUUACAUUCCUUUACUUGAAAGUCUACAGCAGCUUCUAAAUGAUGAGUCAAUUCUGGAAGAGGUGGAAAAUCCACAUGCCAGGGAUGAUGGGUAUUUGGAUGAUUUCUGUGAUACUGAUUACAGUGCUUUGUAUUACACACUUGGGAACAUCAAACCAUGCAACCGCUCUCACAUGAAUGCUGUUCAACUUCUUGGUUUGAUAACUUGUAAACACCUGAAGCUAUAUGGUAUAGAGCCUUUGCUAGAGGCAUUUAUGGAAGACUUGCAUAAACUUGAGCAGGAUCUAGUUCAGGCAAUGAAUAUAGACAACCUGAGAAGGCUUGCUCUUGAAUUGCUGAGAAGACAGGCAGCAGCAUUUGCUGACAUUGUUAAUGGUGAGCUUGUGAGCGGGAAUGAACCCCACCAAACCCAGAACCUGAUAAUGAUGCUCCAGAUUGGUGCAAGUGUGGGUGCUGCAUUAUUAUGCCCACUCAAGAAGAGAACAAAUGCAGCACCCGAUCAAGACGUCCUUGUAUCUCAAGAACAAACCUUUUCAAUCAACUAA